AUGGAGUGCCCAGAGAACCAAAAGGUCGCCUGUGCAACCUUCGUCCUACAAAAGGACGCAGAGAUAUGGUGGAGAGAUAACAAAACCCUCCUUAACCCAGAAGGGGGACCAAUGAACUGGGAACGAUUUAAGGAGGCCUUCCUUAAAGAAUAUUAUCCUAAGUCAGAGCGACUUAAAAGGCAGCAGGAGUUCGCCCACCUAGUACAGGGAGGACUCACAGUGGAGAAGUACAACAGAGAGUUUAAUAAACUCAAGAGAUUUGCACCGUCCAUGGUGGACACUGAGGAAAAGAUGACAGAGAAAUUUGUAUUGGGUUUGGAACCAAGAAUCCGCCGCAUGUUGGAGGCGUUCAACCCAAAGACCUAUGAGGAAGCCUUGAGAACUGCCAAGGCUUUAGAGAAACCAAAGGAUGAGAAACGACGUGAAGAGCCAGUUAUAAUUGGGCAGAAGCGUCCUCAUGAAUCAGGAGGCUCUGACCGUCCACCACCAGCACGUAGGCACCGUUCCAAUAACAGACCCGCUCCUAGAUGGGAUGAGCGACGCCCUCCCCGACAUACUGACAGGAACCCCAGGAAUCAAGAUGGGGCCAGAGGGAGGAGAGAGGAAGGGUGCACUAUCUGUGGAAGACUACACGGUGGGAGGUGCAUGGCUGGCAGCCGAGCGUGUUAUAGAUGUGGUCAGGAGGGGCACAUCGCCGUGAACUGCACGGCCGGAAAUGCUGUAGCACAAGCAAACCCGCCCAGAGUAGUAGAGCAAACGGAUCAACCAGCACCACCGCGAGCUCAAGCUAGGGCAUACGCGUGA